CAGAGCAGCUGUGGCGUGAGACGCUUCCUGCAGCUUAGAGAUAUAAAGGGGGACCUACACUUUCUAAUCCUGAGAUUUACUUUAAACAUGCUGGAAACCUUCUAACAAUCUGAGACUCCAAUACAAUGUAGACGAGUGGAAGGAGAGGGAAGGAUGGGAGGCAUCUCCAAGGCUGGAGAAAUCUGAGGAUGUAUUUUCUUUUUUCUUUUUUUUUUUUUCUUAAUUUAUUUAUUAAUACAGUUCUUGAGGCGCAAACAGGAUUUGGAUAUGCGCGCUAAAAGUGUGGAGAAGUGAGUUUUGGGGGCGCGCAGGAUGGACACUGCGGAGGUAAUUCUCUCCGUGCUGGUAGUUGUGAUCAUCAUAGUGUCGCUGCUGUCCAACGUCCUGGUGCUGAUCUGCUUUCUCUACAACCCGGAGAUCCGUAGACAGGUGCCCGGUCUGUUCAACCUCAACCUCACCUUCUGCAACUUGUUGCUGACCGUGGCUAACAUGCCGCUCACUCUGGUGGGACUCGUCAGCAGGGCUCAGCCGGGGGGAGACGGCUUCUGCCAGAUCGCGGGGUUCCUGGAGACCUUCCUGUCCACCAACUCCAUGCUGAGCAUGGCCGCCCUGAGCAUCGACAGGUGGAUCGCGGUGGUGUUCCCCCUGAGGUACCACUCCAAGAUGCGCCACAAAGACGCAGCUUUAGUGCUCGGCUACACGUGGGCGCACUCCAUGUCCUUCUCCACCGUGGCCGCCUGUCUCUCGUGGGUGGGCUAUCACCGGCUGUACGCGUCCUGCACCCUGUCCAACGCCAGGGCAAGCAGCAGGACCCAGUUUGUUGUCUUCACCGUGUUUUUCCACUCCUUCACCUUCCUCCUGUCUUUUAUAGUGUUAUGUUUUACAUACCUCAAAGUUCUUAAAGUGGCCCGGUUUCACUGCAAGAGGAUCGAUGUUAUAACGAUGCAAACUUUGGUGCUGCUUGUGGACAUACACCCCAGCGUCCGUCAGCGAUGCCUGGAGGAGCAGAAGAGGCGGCGACAGAGAGCAACGAGGAAGAUCAGCACCUUCAUCGGCACCUUCAUGCUCUGCUUUGCUCCUUAUGUGAUCACGAGGAUCGUGGAGUUAUUUCCAGCAGUGCCGAUCGACCCUCACUGGGGAAUUGUCUCCAAGUGCUUGGCUUACAGCAAGGCAGCAUGCGACCCCUUCGUGUACUCCCUGCUGAGGCACCAGUACAAGAAGACGUGCACGGACAUCCUCAACAGACUGCUAAAACGGAGCUCCCUAAACGCGUCCGGGCGGCGGCUGGAGCAGCAGGGGAACAGCAUACCCACAGCUGAGUGAUGGAGGUUACUUGGUAGCACAGAUGGAAACACGAACCUUAUUCAUUGUUGAUGAGGACAAGGAUAGAUAUUGCUGUUUCUUGUCCGCGUCUGCUUAGAUUAGCUCUGACAUUACAAAAAAACCGAGGUAAAAAAACAAUCACUAUUGACCUCUGCGCAGGAGUACCAACAGACUGCCAAGAGCUGCAGAUCAGUGCAAUGAACUCGCUGUGAGGACGAUAAACUGCAGAUUAUUUAUCUACCUGGGAUGAUAGAUGUGGUCACGCAGGAAAUAUGGUCACCUAUUAGCACCACCGUGACAGCUCGUGUAGGAUUCCUCUGACAUUUUGUUACAUAUUUACUUUGUUGCAUAUUUGUUUAAAAUAUAUCUUGUGUAAGGUGCUGCAGUGACUAGUUUAUGCACUGUUUAAGUAUGUAGCACUGAAGAUAACAAAUUUCCAUAAUAAAUCGCAAAGUUUCUCAAAUUUAUUCCUGUUGAAAGCAUACAUCACGGCAAACACGGCUGCAGUACAUCUGACUCAGGAAUCCAAGCUUAAUUAAAUCAGACUCCAAAUUAAGCAGAUAAUCCAGACACUCAUUUAUUUCAUAAUCUUCAGAAGACUGUUGUCCAAAUUUUCUCUUCUUUGUUUUUUAUCUGUAAAAACGUCUUGUAAAUCUCUCAGUGACGUGAACAAACUGAAGUUUUGAAGGAAAUAUACCAGUUGCCGUUACUGUAGUUGUCGUUGUUUAGCCAAGUUGAUAUGCAUGUAUUGGUAUUCACACUUUCUGAGUACUAAUUGAAAACCUGAAAAGAAAAAAAAAAUCUUAUAGGCUACAGUUAAUUGUUUUGAAACACCAAACAGAUGUACUUUAACCAAAAACCAAAAAUAAAUGAAGACCAGAAAGCUUCCAGUCUUAAACAUCACAAAUACAGUUCCCACCACUUACAGACUACACUUUUCCUUUUGUUUUAUAUAUUAAGUUCUGAGUUUUAGGAAGAAGGAUUGAACCAAAACCUAUUAAAGCUAUCAUUGCCUGUUUAGUUUUUAGACACACUGAGAUAUUUUGUCCACAUAUUUUGUCACAUUGGAUUAACAUUGACAUGGUAGUAGCAUGUUUUUGUUUUUGGGCUCAAAAGAAGAAAAUAGGUCCAAUAAGUUAGAGUGUCUGAGACCCAAAUCUGCUUGAGUAUAAUCUGAAUCCCAAUUUCAUUGAUCUCACAUCAACCUUGACAUCAAAAUUCCUAAUGGAUGCCUCACGUAUGAAAACCGCAGAAUGCUAAUUUCUUCAUUUGCAUUAAUGUUAAUUUAUAUUUAUGUGGAUUAGUCACACAUAUAGUACACAUCUGUCAUCACUGAACAAGGUAACAACAACUAUUUACUGUUAACAGUUGUUAGCUGGGUCACAUAGAAGAAGAGUUAGCAAGUUGCACUUUUUUUUACUAAGCUGAAACUGGACACUAUCACCCCUAAAUACAAAUCUUCUGAUUAUGCUUUUUGGUUUUGUUUUUUAUUUGUAAGCACCUACUGUUAAGGUUUUAGUGAUCUGACCAAAUUUGAAGUUUUGAACAGAAACAAAAAUGUUGUGCCUUUAUUUGGACAUGAAUUCUUUCAGGCUCAUGAUCAUCUAAAAGCUGCAAUGAAUACUGCCAAACUGACAAAAGAUUUUGCAAAAUAGUCAAAUUUGAGUAGCUUUUACAGGUUCAGAAUUACAUUAUGUUAAUGUAAAUAAAAGAAUUUCCAUCUGUCCAAGUCAAUUGUUUUACUAAAGCCACAUGGGGCAGAAUAUUUCCAAAAAGCUACGUAUUUCAGAAAUGUUGCACAAAGUAAUUCAUUUCAUGCACAACUUUUGACCCCCAAGAAAUGCACUGUGGUGUCUUUAUCUGCACAGUCACCCAAUCUCUCUGCAUUUCGCCUCUAUCUGCUUAUUUUGCUGUGUUCAAGUUUUUUGAGCAGAGGUUGUGUAAGCGUGAUAACAACUACAAAGAAUGACUUAAUGAUGAUGUUUUAACUAGCGUCAGCUUCAGCUGCUGAUCUUGUUUGUUCUUUGUUUCUGUUUGACACGUUGACAUUUUUUGUGCUUUAGAAGUGUUUACAGCUUCUUUCUCUAAAAUAUAUUUUUGUAAAUUGGGUGCCCUCAGUUUUGCUUUUGAAUCAGUGUGAAAAUGUAGACUGAAGUCAUCUUUGAGGAAAUAUCCUAGUUUGCUUUGUCUUAAAUAACAUAAAGCCAGCCUGAAAAACUUAAUUUCACUGAAAGAGACUGAAAACAUUUAAAGAUUCAAAUUGUUUGAUGGGACCUUACCGAUGCAAAUGUUUUACUCGUCAUGGAGUUUUUCAGACUUUGUUACAUUAUUGAAUUGGGG